UUUCCGUGCAAAUUCCAAACGUUGCGUGUCGUUUUCCUUUCCCUCCCCUUUCGUUUUUCUUGGUCAACAACGUUGCAUCGCAUCGCCAUCGCUUCACUCCUUUCGAGAGUCCAGAUGUUGCUGCUGCAUUUUUAACCGUCUUGAUCCUCAAACACUGCUAAACCUCAAACGUUUAACUUCCACGUUCUGUUCUCAGCUGAACCGAACCCAGGUGAGGCAAGAUAACUGUUCGGCAUAAUGCCAGUGCCAGCAGCCGAAGCUGGACUGCGCGAUGAAGGAGCGCGCGGUGCCGUGUUUCGGUAACGGCGAGCUUGGGAUGGUUGUUCCCGUCUUCUUGGCCGCCGUCUUCUUGCUCUGCUCCGGAAUUCCAGCUGGGUCGUCGCCUCUUGCCGUGCAAAUUAAGCGAACCCGAGGCCCGAGGGACGAACCCUUUGUGGGGUUGAACAUAGGCACGGAGGUUUCGAAUCUUGUUUCCCCGGAAGCUCUGGUGUCGUUUCUGCAAGUGCAGAAGAUCGCCCACGUGCGCCUCUACGAUGCGAACCCGGACAUUCUCACCGCUCUGGCUCGCAGUAAAAUUCGGGUAAUCAUCAGUGUUCCCAAUAACCAGAUUCUUGCAAUCGGGUCGUCGAAUGCCACGGCUGUUGCUUGGAUUAGCCGAAACGUUCUUGCUUACUACCCGAAAACCCUAAUAACAGGCAUUGCAGUUGGGGAUGAGGUCUUGACCACAGUACCCUCCUACGCUCCCAUUCUUGUGCCUGCAAUCGAAUUCCUUUACAGUGCUUUGGUAGCUGCAAAUUUGCAUAAUGAAAUUAAGAUUUCGACCCCACAUGCCGCGUCUCUGAUUCUUGACACGUUCCCGCCUUCUCAAGCUUUCUUUAACCAGAGCCUUAGUUCUGUGAUAGUCCCUCUGUUGCGGUUCUUGUCUAGGACCGGCUCGCCAUUGAUGAUGAAUUUGUACCCUUACUAUGUGUUCAUGGAGAAUAAAGGUGUAGUUCCUCUUGCAAAUUCGCUCUUCCGGCCAAUAGCUCCAUCCAAAGAAAUGGUUGAUCCCAACACUUUGCUUCAUUAUACUAAUGUGCUCGAUGCGAUGAUUGACGCUGCCUAUUAUUCGAUGAAGAAUUUUAACUUUACGGAUGUCAAAGUUCUCGUGACUGAGACAGGAUGGCCUUCGAAGGGUGAUUCAAAGGAGCCCUAUGCAACCAUUGAUUAUGCUGAUACUUACAAUUCAAAUUUGAUUAAACAUGUUCUUGAUAAAAGUGGUACUCCUCUGCAUCCGGAGCUCACGUCCAAUGUGUACAUAUAUGAGUUGUUCAAUGAGGAUCUUAGAUCACCUCCACUAUCUGAAGCCAGUUGGGGGUUGUUCAAUGGGGACUUGACACCGGCUUACUUGCUGCACGUAUCAGACACCGGGGGCUUUUUGGCCAAUGAUACAACCAACCAGACGUACUGUAUUGCAAUGGGUGGUGUAGAUUCAAGGACAUUACAAGCAGCACUGGAUUGGGCAUGUGGUCCUGGGCAGGCAAAUUGCACAGAGAUUCAGCCAGGAGAGAAUUGUUUUAAGCCAAACAAUGUGAAAAGCCAUGCUUCGUAUGCAUUUGAUAGUUAUUACCAGAAGGAAGGGAAAGUUGCUGGGUCUUGUGAUUUCAAGGGUGCUGCUAUGAUCACCACUACUGACCCCGGUCAUGGAGACUGUAUCUUUCCUGGAAGCAAGGAAAGCAACAACACAGGGCAGACAAAUUCCACCGACUCAAGUGGUGCAGCCAACAAAUUAGGGCUCAACACCUCAAGAAGUGGAGGGAUAGGUGCAUUGGUGAGGGCAUUUCAACUUCUUCUAGCCACACGUUUCUCCCUUUUCUUUUCGAUUCCUAUGUUGAUGCCACGCUAGGUUACAGACCGAUGAUCAUGGAUCUUUGGUUGGAUGAGAUUCAUUCAUUUGUUAUUUUCCCCUGAUUCAGAUCAGAUUUUUUCAAACAUCUGCCCCCAAUUUCACGAAAAGUUAGGACAGAAAUAGGUUGUAGAUGCGUGUUUGAGGAUUCUGACUCUUCCUUCUGUGUACAUUUAUGUAACAAGUUUGUUCUUCUAAAGUUUGCAAUUUCGGGGCA